AUGAAGGAGGAGAGCACGGCCGGCGGUGGAGGUGGCGACGUGCUGGCGCUGCUGCAGGCCGUCUGCAACAACCCGAGCGCGCUGCGGCAGCUCGCGCAGAAGAACGGACAGCUUGUGCGCGCCUGCCCCUGCGUGCUCCACCUCGCCCUGCUGCAGGAGUUCGCCACCCUUACUAAAGAGCUGAACCAAGCUAGAGAGCAUCUCUUGGAACGCGAUGAAGAAAUAGCUGAGCUAAAAGCCGAGCGCAACAACACGCGGCUGCUGCUGGAGCACCUGGAGUGCCUGGUGUCGCGGCACGAGCGCUCGCUGAGGAUGACGGUGGUGAAGCGCCAGGCGGCGGCGCAGUCCGGCGUCUCCAGCGAGGUCGAGGUGCUCAAGGCGCUCAAGAGCCUCUUCGAGCACCACAAAGCGCUCGACGAGAAGGUUAGAGAACGACUGCGGGUUGCUCUGGAGAGGGUGGCAGCCCUUGAAGAGGAGCUUUCAACUACCAAAGAAGAAUUACAGCAGUACAAAUUAGGUCGUGUUCCAGCUGAUGAGAGUAGUAGACCAAAGGAAAAUGGUCAACAGGAUGAAGAACAUAAGGGUGAUCAAGCAACAGCCCAUGCUGCCCUUACUAAGCGUCUCUCUAAUGGUGCCAUCGAACCUGAUUCUGAUGUGGCACGUGUUCUUGAGCUGCAGAAUACAGUAGAUAAACAGAGUGCAGAAUUAAGUUCAUGGCAAAGACGGGUGUCAGAACUGUCGGGUCGCAUUUCAGAACUUGAGGAAACACUGGCAAAAACACAGAAGGAACUUAUGAAAGCACAGGAAGCAAAUUCAAAACUGCAGCGUGAUCUUCGAGAAAAUGUUGCUCAGAAGGAAGAUCAGGAAGAAAGAAUAGCAACUCUUGAAAAACGGUACUUGAAUGCACAGAGAGAAUCAACUUCCUUGCAUGAUCUAAAUGAGAAACUUGAACAAGAGUUACAGCACAAGGAAGCACAACUAAAGUUGCAAGAGGAGAAGAUAAAUGCCAUCCAGGAGAAACUGGAGCUCUCUGAACAGAAACUUGCACAAUUUGCAAAGCUACCAGAGAUGGAGGAAGAACUGAAACAAAGAAUGGAGGCGCUGACCCAGGUGAGGGUGCAGGCUCAAGAGAGGCACGGGUCAGCGGAGGACAGAAUUCAGCGCUUAGAGGCCCAAUUAGAGGAGAAAAAUGCUGAGCUGUUGCGGUUAAACCAAAGGCUUAAAAUGAACGAAGAACACAAUACAAGGCUAUCAUCAACUGUGGACAAAUUGUUAUCAGAAUCAAAUGAAAGGCUUCAAGUACACCUGAAGGAAAGGAUGCAUGCUCUAGAAGAGAAAAAUGCUCUCACUCAGGAACUGGAAAAAACCCGAAAAGUUGCAGAGGACCUCCAGGGAGAAAAGGGUGACAUUGUCAAAGAACUGAGCAAAGCACGACUUGAAAUAGACAAUGUGAAGAGGCAGAUGCUUCAGCAAGAGAUAGCAUUUAACAUUCAACAAACAGAUGCUUUAACAAGGUUAGAUAAGUUGCAAAAGGAUCUGGAAAGCAGAAGGAGCCUAUCUCCAAGUGGUGCAGAUCCAAACUUUGUUCGUACACCAAGUCACUCGAGUUUCGAUCCACAUGCUGUGGCCCGAAGAACACCAAAGCCACGUGUAACAACUGCAUUAGAAGAGGACCCCACCAAGGUAUCAAUGGGCAUCUGUCAAGACUGGGAAAAAUUGCAGCAGGCACAUGUCUUGGCAAAUGUUCAGCAGGCAUUUGAUGCCUCGAGUGAUGCAGAAGGUGAAGACAAUGAGAGCAUCUUCAGUGCUGCAGAAAUACUUUCUCCAUCAGGACAUACUGAUGCUCAGACUCUGGCAAUGAUGUUACAAGAGCAGUUGGAUGCUAUCAACAAUGAAAUAAGACUUAUACAAGAAGAGAAACAAAGCACAGAGGCACGUGCUGAAGAACUUGAGUCACGUGUUGGGAGCUUGGAGCACAUGAACCUCUUGGCUCGGGGCCGUAGUUUUGAGCGCACAUCACCACCACUUAGUGGUCGAUCCACGCCAAAGUCUCAUCACUCACCCCAGAGAGAUUAUCUCCACAAAUAUCAUACAGCCCCUGCCUCUAUGUCUCCGGCCCACCUGCAUCAGUAUGCCUCCACCCUCAGCCCGGGCCAACUUUCUGAGUCACUGCCUGCUAGUCAGUUGCAGCUGGCUGGAGAACUGUCACAGGAUGAUGCUGGCAGCACUACUGGCGUUCCUGUCCCAGGAUCAGCAGAAAGUGGUGCAGCAAGCCCUCUGACAGCUCGCUCUUUGCGCCUUGAACGUGUUGCUCAGGCUCUAGCACAGAGCCAGGAGGAACUUCGCAGCAGGCCGGGGGGCUACUCCACACCUCCCUCCCCUCUGUCUUCUCGUCACAGCAGUCAAGACUCGCUGCACAAGAAUGCUACCAGUACUACACCUGUCAGUGCGUCAGCUGCAGCUGCUGCUGCUGCCCAGAAGAAGAAAGGCAUCAAAUCUUCCCUCGGUAGAUUUUUCAGCAAGAAAGAGAAGGGUAAAGCAAAGGAACCAUCAAUGCUUGGUGUGGGCAUUCCGGUGGCCGAAGCAGCAGCUAUGUCAGCAGCUUAUGGUGAUGCUGACAUUUCAGGAGGUGAUACCCUAAGCCUCAGUGGUGGGCUUGGACAGAAGGGUGAUUUUGAUCGACGGAAAAAGAAAAAGCAUGAGCUCCUGGCUGAAGCGAUGAAGGCAGGAACUCCAUUUGCAUUGUGGAAUGGUCCGACAAUUGUUGCAUGGUUGGAACUAUGGGUGGGAAUGCCUGCGUGGUACGUUGCUGCAUGCCGUGCCAAUGUAAAGUCAGGAGCUAUAAUGAGUGCACUCAGUGAUACUGAAAUCCAAAGGGAGAUUGGAAUAAGCAACCCGCUUCACAGGCUGAAACUCCGACUGGCCAUUCAGGAGAUGGUUUCUCUGACAAGUCCAUCAGCACCAAAGACAUCACGUACCACAUUAGCAUUUGGAGAUAUGAAUCAUGAAUGGGUGGGAAAUGCAUGGUUACCUUCCCUGGGCCUGCCACAAUAUCGCACAACCUUCAUGGAAUGUCUAGUGGAUGCUCGUAUGCUCGAUCAUCUUAAUAAAAAAGACUUACGUGGACAGUUGAAGAUGGUGGACAGUUUCCACAGGACUAGUCUACAGUAUGGAAUAUCAUGCUUAAAGAGACUGAACUAUGAUCGUAAGCAACUGGAAGAGCGGCGUAAAUCAUCUGAAAAUGAACUGACUGAUGUAUUGGUUUGGUCAAACGAAAGAGUCAUCCGCUGGGUCACUUCUAUUGGAUUAAAGGAAUAUGCAAACAACCUGCUGGAAUCUGGAGUUCAUGGAGCACUAAUUGCACUUGAUGAAAGCUUUGAUUCUAAUGGUAUGGCACUUGCCCUGCAAAUACCAACUCAAAAUACCCAGGCACGGCAGAUGCUCGAGAUGGAGUUCAACAACUUAUUGUCGGUAGCAACAGAACGCCGAAUCGAAUCUGAGUUACCCAAAUCUUGAUAUUACACCACAAGACACCCACACACAUAGAUUGCUGUGGACAUUGCUUGACUGUGUGUGGCUGUGUUAUUUGCCAGAUUGUUAAGAAAUGUACUGAGUGACUUGCUUGCAUCGUGUCCAUAUGUUUGGUUCUGCUUCCAGAAGAUCAUAUAACCCUACAAGAUGUACAUUUCUGAGUCAUUGUAUUGACAAGAUACUGUAUAACUGAUAUUUUAUUUAAAAUGUACACAACUACAUCAAGUCUAAAAUUAUCAGUAACAUGGUAGGAGUUGAUGUUUUAUAAGACACUGUAAACUAGAGUUUGUUUUAAGAUAUAAAAAUAUGUCCAAGUAAUUGGACUUAUCAUAAGCAAAUGUUUAAUGACCAGUCACUGUGAUUGGAGUAUAAUGAGCUGUAGUACCUUUGCUGCUGCAGCUUACAAAAUUUGUAUAAUAUUUGGUAGAAUUUCCAUGGACAAACUCUGUUCUUUUCUAAUAAAAUGUGUGUAGAGUUAUGAAGCGUCAGUUGAUAAGUCAGACAGUGAUAUUGUAACUCUUUUAUUGCAUUUUGAAUGUUAGGUAUUUCUUGAACUUCAAAAACUAAAUCAUCAGCGGAACUGAAUCUCAUUAUUAACUCAUUUAUCUGUGUUGUACAAAGUGUUAAAAAGAAAAACCAGUCGAUUCUCAGAACUGUUAAAGAGUGUAGUGUUACUGUCGAAUCAUCAGAAAUGCCCACUAUGAAUCCUAUGCUACCUCCAUCCUUGUCGAGAGAUGAAGUUUUUAAGUUUUGUUUAUGACAUUUAUUAAAAAAAAAAAAAAUCUAGUGUUAUGUUUCGUCGACGACAGAGAGCUUUAAGAGUAAUAUUAAGUAUUGUAAAUGCAUUAUUACGCGAGCCAGUGCCAUCGGAGAGACACAGGUGCGGAUAAAGUCAGUAUUUCCGCUUAUUGUAUUGUGUAUUAUUAUAUUAAUAAGUGAUGUGUAAUGUUUCCUGAAUAUUUAAAUCAUUACUUUGUCAUUUCCGGUAGUUGUUGAAACUGUUCAGUGUCAUCACAUCAUUACUGAUUAUCAGAAAGAGGUGCUCUGUUGCUCAGAAAGCAUUCAAUUAUGUAGAAGAUGGUGGCAGAUGACAUGUUGAAAUUCAUAGAAGUUUAUGAGCCUAGGUAAUUGUACAAAAUGAAGAUUAUUUCAAAGAAUUGUAUUGCAUGAAUUGAUAUUUGAUUCUAGUUAAAUGAAAAGGUUACCAAAGUUGUUGGAAGUUGUAUAAAUAGUGUGUACAAAUAUGUUGGAAAAUUUGCUGUAUGAGAAUGUAUAUCAGACACUGUGUACCCAUUGUCUCCAGUAUUAUUUUAUACUCAUAAUUUCCUGAAGUGAAGUAUUGGAACUGGUGAUAUGGCCUUUUCUCUAAUAUUUCAUUGGCUAUAAUAAAUCUUUCUUGCUACAUUGUCAUUAGAUACGUUCCUUAGUCUAAAUACUAAAGAAGGACCAAUGAAAUAAAUCCUACAGUUGUAAAAAAAACUCUCACAUAAGUAACUGUGAAUAAUGUAACUGAAACCACAAGAUACUGUAAUAGCUCUGAUUUUGUAUAGAAUGUUGCCACAUGUUGCUUACUUGCUUAAAUAAUGUGGAUGUUUUUAAUAGGUGCUGGCCUAAUAAAUAAAUGGUGCAGUGAACAGAAACAUAUUGAACUGUAAACACACUGGAAAGAUUGUAUAGAUAAAACCCAGUCUGUGUCUUUGUGCAUUGUCUGUCUAAAUGCUUUGUGAAAGUAUAUCUACUGCUGCAAAUGUCCCCCAUCUCUACACAUAACAGCAGUUUCUUGUUCCAGCAGUAAUUACUUUUAAGUGUUUGUACAUUGCUGAUAAUAGUGCAUAUAAUUAGUAAGCACAGAAACUAUUGUAUCAUAAUACAAAGUAAAUUAAAAAGCCUCUCUUUUCAGUUGAAUUUUAAGGACAACAUUUGUACAACUGGUAGGUAAUUUUUUAAUUUUUUACAAUUUCUUUAUGUUUGGAAUUUAUAUUUUAUGUAAGUCUACAGUUUCACAACAGAACACAGCUUCACAGCUAUAAUGCACUUAUUUUAUUUUCCUUUUCAUGUUAUUUAUUUCAAGGAAACACUGCAAGGAUAGAUUAUUGUGGGGAUGAUUUUAAGAUUAAUGAGUAGUACAUUUCUGUGGCAACAAGAGUCUUUGUAUAUGCUGAGAAAAUUAAUCCUUCAGUUCAUUUUUGAAAAAGAAUGCUGUGUUCGGAGAAAAAUUGAUGAACUUCUGUUAGUGGUUUGUAAUUAUGAAUAUAUCAGUAUGUGACUUGUGAAACAUACGGUGAAGUGUUCUGGCUUCACAGUGGCAUAAAGAAUCACUGUAAUUGAAAAUCACUGACAGUAUAAUGUUUAUUUGUCCAUUUGUUGCAGGAACUGGUGUCAUUCCAAUCAAACAAUUCCAUCCAUUUAGCAGAACUGUUCUUUACAUAUUGUGUAUUUUUAUGUAUGUUACACCAUAUUUAAUUGUUGACUUUCUUCUAUCAUUUUGGACUUUUGUCUUAGAUUUUUUUCCUUUUUAGUACAUAUUUCUUCCAUGUUAGUGACUGACAUUGCCAUUUUAGGUUCAAGAGUAUCCUAUUUGACUUGGCUGAUGUGUGAAACAUGCUGUGGAGGUGUGUUUGUGUGGUUUUCCCCUCCCACAUUUACCUGUUGUAAUACAGUGAAGAACAUGUCCCUGUUUACCAUAAAUGACAGGCCACUAAGUGCAUGGUGAUGGUACUGGAUGAACAAUGAAGGCUAUGCUUGCAAAUUAAUUUUGUUAUGGGGAAGCAUCAGCAUUGUAGACAAUUUAUUCCAUCCAAACAGUUCAUUACAAAGUACAAAAGAUAGAUCACCAUUAAUUUCAGAGGAAAAAUGUCCUGAAAGAUGUGUAAAAGUCUUAAUUGCAAGCAGCUGGUAUUCUCCCUCUUAAAUUAUUUUUCAUAAUUAUCAGACUCGAGAUUAUAUAUAUUCAUUGAAUGAAGUAUAUUUUUACAGUUGACUGAUGGUGGAUGAUAUAGGUUUAUAAAGUUAAUUCUGCCUUUUUUCAGUGUGUCCAAGACUGAUGUGUUUAGCAUGAAUGUUUUGAAAACUACUUCCUGCUCUUAAUCAGAACAUGUAGACAAAUUAGGUUUACUCGAGAUUUAUCUAAUAUGUUGCUUACAUGCAUUUUGCGUAACUUUGUGGCUAAGAGUAAAAUAGACUUGCAUGUUGUUGCCUAAGAUAUUUCUAUAAUGUUUAUUGUAAAGUCACUCCAUUAUUUAACAAUUGUUAAUUUGUGUUCAGUACUGUUAUAAGUUACCAUUUUGACCAUCAGUACCAUUCUCCAAUACAUUAAGUAGCUGUUCAAGAGAGUUGUUCUACAUCACAUUUAGUAAUUACAGUAUACAUGAAUCUGACUGUACUGCUCUCACAGAAAAGAAAUGAAGGUCACAGUAAGACAGACACACAUUCUUCAAAAUUAAUAUGUAAUAUCAGGCUUCCACAAUAACAUGUUUCUUCCUAAUGAGCAAAAGAAAUGAAGAAACAUCAAAGCUUUGCCAGACGCCAAGGGGAUUAUCAUGACACUAAAAGCACAAUCCCAAAUCCCAAGAAAGAAUGAUAAUCUUAUUGCCCCCUCCCUCUCUCUCUCUCUCUCUCUCUCUCUCUCUCUCUCUCUCUCUCUCUCUUCUACAUCUUGCAUUCUUCAUCAUUUGGUGAUAACCUCUGCCACAGACUAUGUGAAUUGCCUGAUUCAUCUCUCUGUAUAUAAUAUACGAAAUCUGUGGUUCUAGCAUCUUAGGAUUUUUUGUUUCAUUUGUUCUACCAUGACCUUCAGUUCUUUCUGAUUGUUGCAGCCUUCUUGAUUACUUUUAUGUAUAUCUGUGGCUUUCAUUUUUUAUUUAAUUAUUAACUUCCUUUACAAUUUCACCUACAAAUUUAAGUUAUUUAUUGAACUACUGUAAAUAGUACUUCUUGUAAAGAACUUCAUUUAAUAUUUACACAUCAAACAAAUAUAUAAGAUAGCUUAUGUAUUUAUCAGUGAAUCAACUUAACAAGAAAUUAAGUUGACUGAUGUGUUGAUCAAAGGUGCAUUUAUUAAUUUUACACACAGUAACUGUUUUGAUAUAUUCUGUGGUUUAUUUAUGUUCAGUGUACAGCUUCUUUGUGGUUAUGUCACUGCAUUACAAAUGUUGAUGCUGAUUGUGAUUUUGGUAGAUAUUACAUUCUCUUUCAAAUCACUAAAAUUGAGUAACAUAUGUUGGUGGUAUGUUAUUUCAGCUUGUCAGCUGUUUACUAUUUAUCAUAGCUGGAUGGAAAUGUACUUGUAAACAUGUAUAUGGGGACAGCUUAAUAUGCCAUGUACCUACUGAAGCCCCUCCAGUAAAUGACAUAGUGAUAGUAAAUGAAAUAAGGGUGUUACGAAGUGAUAUUUAUGAGUCAUAUUUUUUCCCAAGGAAACAAAAACUUUGAAGCACAUAUGUCUUCAAAAUUAUUGUUUACAUCUAAGAAGAGUCAUUCAUUGCUUUAAAUAAGAUUAUUUCAAUGUACUUCACAGUUAGCACCAAAAUAAAAUUCUUUGAUUAAUUGUAUUUAAAACUUCUUGGGGAUGUCACUAACUGUGACUACCAGAUUAAUGGUUGAUUGCUUUAUGGUUUAUGCAUACUUCUGUUUUUGAGAACUGUUGGAGAGGCUGGAAUACAUGUUUCUAAUUUUACCAGUUACCAUAUUUGCAAGUCUUGAUGUAAAAAUUAUGUUCAGCAUGAUAACCAUUGACUGUUUAGCUGUGGAAUCACAUUGCAAAUGUAGUGUAGCAUUAAAAAGAUAGUAGAAAUUCUGAGCUGAAAAUUUUGUCCUUACAGCAGGCUGUCAUUGUUAGAUGCGUGUUCACCAUUUAUAAUUGUGCAGGGUUGGUUGUUGUUGUUUUAUAAGUUAUUUUGAAGUGUGCAGCUUUUAUUUUUAACAACAGUACAUUUUCAGCUCUUCUUUAUUCAUAGGGUAGAAUUCAGAGUACAUCUCCAACAUGAAAGUUAUGCUAGAUAUAAUAAAGAGAAAGAAAGCAAAGAGACAAGCUCUGCAAAACCAAUUUCACUCUGGAUAUUCUACAAUAUUAUGUAAUAAUAAAUAUUUUCAUCAGGCAUUGCAUGAAGAGAGUGUAAAAGCUACUGCAAUUAUCAGUGUGAGAAUAAUGUUUUUGGCAUAUUAAGAAAUAUAUGCUAAAAAUAUUUCAGUGCCAAUAAAAAAUUACUAUCAAAAUGUUGAGAAUGAAAUUAACAGUGCAAGAAAAGCUCACAUUCCACUGCUCUUGAAAUUUUCUGUAUUUAAAGAGGAAACGAACAUUUUACUAAAGAAACAUGGCAAGCAGUAGUUUUUUGUGUAAAUGUUAAGGCUUUAUUGUGCUUUUUUCCAGAAUUUCUGUAUGCCUUUCAUCAUAAAAAUAAAAAAAUAAAAAAGUGAGCAUAUGUAAGUGUAAAACAUUUUAUCAGACGUGGAAAAAUAUUCUUUGGUUGGAAAAUCACGUUAAAUGAAGCAGCAUUUCCCAUAAGUAAAAUAAAUUGUUUUGGAACUUAGUUAACUAGGCAUGGAAAUACAUUUUGUGUAUUGUACAGUGUUCGGAGUGAAGAGUGCUGUGUACUGAGUAAGGCAAUGAAUAAACUUAACUAUAGAAAACUGA